GUUAACUCAAAGUAAAACACUAUUGGCAAGAAUAGCUUUCCGACUACUGCAUUUCUUCUAAAAAGUGCCUACCCUCAAAAAUUCAAAACACAACCACCCUCAAAAAGUGCCCCCUUGAAAAAGUGCCCCCUCAAAGCAGUCAAAACUUAAAAGCGCCAAGGGCUUUAAUGAAUGGUGAAAUUCACGCUCUUGUGCUUGACUCUAUAGUAUACACCAAUUCAACUUAUGGAAAUUUCUCCAAACUUCAUUGUCCGAAUUUUUUAAGCUCAAAUUUGGUUUUAUCACCAUAGUUUUAGGCCGCAUGAAAUUCUUUAAAUUUUUUGUGCUUGUAUUUUCGAUUUUACGGAGAAAUGAAGUAUGAAAACUUUUGAGGGAUUUGACCGCAACAAUCGUUCCAGGUGAACCUUUAUCUCCUCAGGCACCAACCACGGUCAAAUCCAUAGAAAUAAGGUCAAAAUUAUUUUCUUUAUGUCGUCAUAAAAUCAAAAUAGGAUGCAAUAACAAAAAAGAAAACCGCUAAGAAGUUCUUGCUCUCAAUCCGUUUCAAACGGAGGCUGUAUUUUGAAUUGGUAUCUUUUCAAUGGCUUAUGUAUUGUAAAAACGACAAUGGCCAACUAGACCAAACAAUGAGGUAAAAAUUUUACCUCAUUGGGACCAAAAGAGUACUUGCUUUCAUGCUCCAACGAGUAUGUAUGCAAGUAGGAGAAGCGAGGCGUCAAAAUUCAUUGAUCUUGGUGAAUAAUCUACCUGAAGUUUUAAACGAGCAGACCAGUAUGUCGAAUAGGGAUGAUGUUAGCAAUACAAACCAAGAGGGGCCUCCCGAUGAAGGAUUUGCAGUAGAUUCCAAUAGCCAAACCGAAGCAAUUAUAGAAUACACCGAAGUAUCGGCUAGUGCAAGUGUGACUGAAAAUACAAGCGAAAAAUUGACUGAUGAAUAUGGAGAGCAAAGCGCCACAACUAGCGACCAGAACAUUCAAUCGUUUUCUACGGCUGUUGAAUCCGGGCAAGACGAAGAACAAAGUAAUUUGACAACUUCCGAGAAAAAUACCCAAGAAUCAUCAAAAGUAAAUGAUCCCGGCGAGAGAGAUAUCGAGGUUUCAGAUGAGACGGCAUUACUUUACGAAAAAGAUGAAGAAAAAGUAGUAGAAAAAUUAGAAGAAGAGGCGAAAAGCGUGGAAUUAACAACAGUAUUCGAAACAUUUUGGAAUAUCUGUAACACCAUCCAAGGACUUCCUAUAUUAGCGAUCCCAUACACAUUUAAGAUUGGGGGCUGGUGGUCGCUAGCAACGUUGUUAGUAAUAGCAAUUACUUCGAACUAUACCAGUAAUAUUAUUGUCAAAAGUUUGUACGAGGAGAAAGAUGGUGUGAAAAUUCGAGUUCGCAGUAGCUACAUGGAAAUAGGAGAGGCAUUUUGGCCAGGCGGUGGUAAAUGGCUAGUAUUAAUGGUGAUGGUGAUCGAGCUGUUGUUUGUGGCUACACUUUACCCUGUGCUUGUUGGUGCAAUGUUUGCUAAGUCAUUCCCUGGAGUCAAGUUGCCGCUGUUUGCAUGGACAUUGAUAGGUGGCCUGGCCUUGCUGCCAAACACUUUACUCAAGAACUUGUCGCAAGUUGCUUGGACAAGUAUCAUUACUGUGCUCAGUGCUAAAAUUAUCUUCAUCAGUAUCAUUGGCUUUAGUGUAUCGAAAUAUAAGAAAUGGGAAGUCAACAACCUUGACAACUUUGAGGCAAAUGCUUUUCCGGCUGCAGUGGCAAUCCUAGUCUCUUGCUAUCUUGCACAGCCCUUCGUUGCUUUUAUCGAGAGUACAAUGAAAAGACCCGAAAAAUUUGAAAAAACUUUGAACUGGUCGUUUGUUGCCAUGACUGCACUUAAUGUCAUCAUUGGUAUUGUAGCAGGGGUGACUUUUUACCCCGAUACAGACGAAGUAAUAACAAAUAAUCUACCAGAAGGUUUCUUUCGCCAAAUAGUAAACGCCAUGGCGGCAAUAUUAGCGUUUACAUCGUAUACACUGCCUGUUUUCACCGCGUUUGACGUCAUAGAGACUUCACGAAGUAGCUGUUUGGCAAAAAACUUUGGAGAGAACAUUUAUUCGUGUAAGGUUCAAAUCUUGAGACUGGCCAUGGUGCUUUUCACAAUUCUAAUGGCAGCUUCGAUACCACAUUAUACAUUUUUGCUAGCUUUCGUCGGAAGCGUAACAGGAAUAACACUUGAAUUCAUUUUUCCUGCCUUAUUUCACAUGAAAAUAUAUUGUACAAAGUUAAGAUGGUACGAGUUUGCAAUGGACAUUUUGGUAGUUUUCGUUGGGACAAUGGUAAUGACUAUAUCGAUAAUAGUGUCAUGGGUAUCGAUGUAUAAGUGUUUUGCAACACAUAUCUGCUAGAUUGUUCAAUUUAUUUUGCUCGAAAGAAACUGCGCCAGCUUUCAACCAUUGGCACUCAGGGCCGUCGCUAAGCACUUUCACUUAGGGGGGUGCCAGUCACCAAUUUGCCAACAAAAUAGGGCGUGGCCUAAGAUUUUUCAAUGUGGGGGUAUGGCGUUUCGACGCAAUUGAUUUUUUUAUCAAAGAGGAUGUUCUCGUUAGUCAAUCAUCGCUUCAAUUUUCGAGUGAUUGUGGGUACUUAGGUUUUAUAAGGCCUUCUUGAAACAAAACAGAAAGACGAGGUCCCCCUGCAAGCGGAGCGAGGAGAAAAUUUUUGCGACCACGCCCUUUAGAUUGUCUUAAAAUGCAUUUCAGAAUAUUUCUUGCAGUCAUUUCUUGCAAUCGUUUAGAACUUUUAACUAUUUUUAGGCAUACCUACGUUUCAUUGAUUUCAUUCUUAAAAUGGAGUUCAUUACUACUUGUGGCCCCCUCGACCUCAAGGCCCUGAGGCACUUUGACCCCUUUCCCUGCUUACAGUGGCUUCCAGUACCUCGAGGAUCAACGUUCAGAGUUUUUCAAUAAACUUUGACCCUUCCAUAAACCGCAGUUCACAUCCUCAUCUUAUCCCAACUGUUCGCUAAAGCUAUUGCUUUGGGAACUUUGAAAGCAAAACCCGACAAAACUCUACUUUUAGAGAAUUUGCCGACAAGAAUUUUCUAGGGGGGUGCUGCUUCCCCCACACGCUCCCCCCGGUCUAGCGACGGCCCUGUUGGCACUGGGCAUUCAAGUUCUGUCCUCAUAAGUCCUGUCGUUCCUUGGUGUGCCCAUUGCCUUACAUCCUUUGUUCCAAAAUAACACAUUAGAUAAGAAACUAAUGGACAGUAUUCAUAUCAAAGUAUUUUUAGAAAACAGGCCUUCCCUUUUCUCAUUCGUAUUGAUCGAAUUUGGAAGCGAGACCACUUUCUUGUUGGUGAAAGUGGAGACUCGAAAGAUGUGUGCAGAACUUUGUCUUGCUUAAUAAUGAAAUUUGUGACUCGCUAUUGACAAGAUUGCGGGCAGUAGUUUAACUGCUUUUCCAUGGGCUGAAUUCUGCGUUAUAAUGGAUAAUAAAUUAAAGAUAAUACUGAAAUUUUUCAUAUAUUAAUGUAUCUUAAUAAAUAUUCAUGAAUGUCUUAAAAUUUAA